AUGGCCAAAGAUUCGGACACCGUGCCCCUGAUCCCCACCGUCUACUUCCUGUCUCUAUGGAUGCAACAGCAGCACCAGCGCCACCAGCUGCUGGAUUUUGAUGCCAAUUCGCCCGACUUGAGCCACGCUGGUCCCUGGAAUACUCUCAAGGUCAAGGGCACUGGGGGGGGUCGGAGCCACACGUCUCGGGAGAACAGCCUUUGCUUCCCUGUGGGCCCUGCCGCUGCUCAGGCCCGGGCUGUUUCUGUCUUGUGUACGCCGCAGUCAGGGUCCAUCACAGCCGCUGAGCUGGCCGUGCCGCUCGCCCAGGGCUGUGGGAACCAGCACGGAGCCCCGCGCUGCCGCCGCCCGGGAGCUGCUCCUGGCUGCGCUCGAAGACCUAAGCCAGGGGCGGUGGAAGCGCUUCCGCCACAAGCUGCGGGACGCCGCCGCAGACCGUGGGGGCGGCUGGAGGGCGCGGGCGCCGUGGACCUCGCGGAGCACCUGAUCCAUUUCCACGAGCAGCGGCAGCGGAGCGAGCGCGGGGUGGGGCUCGCCAGGGUGCCCGCCCUCCGUUCCCUCCCGCCUGGGCAGAGUCCCGGCCACAGGCCUCCAUCCUUCCGCUUCCCCAGAAAAGCCCCGGAGCGCUUCCGGCCUGGGCGCGCUUCAUCCACAAAUUCGCGGGCCCCGGGGCUCCGAUCCUGCGGGCGGCCCCGACCCCGGAUUGCGCCCCUCCCCGCCCCGCACAGUCGGCGGGGCCUCACCGCAGUUCUCCCUUCCAGGGCUCGGCCCCAGCUCCUCGGCGCUGCUCUCCGUGUCCGAGCACAAGCAGAAAUAGCGAGAGCACGUGCUGCGGCAGCACGCCAGGGUGAGGGAGAGGGACGCCCGCUCCGCGAAGGUCAGCGAGCGCUUCACCAAACUGCUCCUCGCGCCCGAAAGCGCUGCCCCGGAGCACGAGGCCCUGGGGCCCGCGGAGGAGCCGGAGCCGGACGCGCUCGGCGCUCCGACACCCGCACCUGCAACCGCCUGCUCGGCCGCGACGGGGAGGGCCAGAGACCGCCGACCGCGGUGCUGCAGGGCCCGGCGGGCGUCGGCAAGACCACGGCGGCCAGGAAAAUCCUGUACGACUGGGCGGCGGGCAAGCUGUGCCACGGCCAGGUGGACUUCGCCUUCUUCGUGUGUUGCCGCGAGGUGCUGGAGCGACCGGGCACGUGCAGCCCGGCCGACCUGAUCCUAGACCAGUACCCCGACCGCAACGCGCCGGGGCGGCAGAUGCUAGCGCAGUCCGAGCGGCCGCUGUUCAUUCUGGACGGCGUGGACGAACUGCCGGCGCCAGGGCCCGCCGAGGCCGCGCCCUGCCCAGGCCCCCUCGAGGCCGCGAGCGGCGCGCGGGUGCUGGGCGGCCUGCUGAGCAAGGCGCUGCUGCCCUCGGCCCGCGUGCUGGUGGCCGCGCGCCGCCGCCCCCGGGAGGCUGCAGAGCCGCCUGUGCUCCCCGCAGCGCGCCGAGGUGCGCCGCCCCUCCAAGGACAAGAAGUACUUCUACAAGUUCUUCCAGGACGAGUGGAGGGCGGAGCGUGCCUCCCGCUUCGUGAAGGAGAAUGAGACGCUGUUCUCGCUGUGCUUCGCCGUGUGCUGGGUCGUGUGCCCGUUCUGCGCUAGCUGCUCCAGGCCCUGACCUGUCGCGCACCUCCAAGACCA